UGGCUGAUCACAACGAUGUCCCCUCUUCUGGUGAUUGUGGGCAUUCUACUACCGGUUUCUACCAUCGGACGUGUAAACCAUUUGCAAGGAAAUGUUUAUCCGUUUCCAGGAGUUGCACAGGUUGCAGCUGGAGUCGCACAAGGUGCAUCUGGAGUCGCACAAAUUUCACCUGGAGCUUUAGUUAACCCCUAUGCCAAUUACUAUCGCAUGCUUAUGCAAUAUUAUCAAUCUAUAAAUGCUAACCGAAAUCAGUUCAUCGGAAACCCACUUUUGAACAACCAAAACUUGGCGAUGGGUGCAAUAAGGGCUCGGCAACAAGCUGCCACUAUUCAUAAUGUCGAUUACAACAUCUUCAAGAAGAAGAAGGACGACUAUGAUAAAUAUCCACCAAACAAACACGACAAGUAUCCGGACGGACAUUACAAAGACAAACAUCCAGGUGACUAUCCGGACGGCCAUUACAAAGACAAACACCCAAGCGACUAUCCGGACGGCCAUUACAAAGACAAACACCCAGGCGACUAUCCGGACGGACAUUACAAAGACAAACAUCCAGGCGACUAUCCGGAUGGAACAUACAAAGAGCACGACAAAUAUCCAACAAGUCCAUAUGAUACUAUCUAUCCACCUGGAUAUCAUCAUGGCAAACAUCCAAAGGAUUAUCCCCAUGGUCCUCACCAUGAUAAAUACCCAGAGGGCAAAUAUCACCAUAGAGACGAUAAGUAUCCAACUGACCUUUACCCUAAAGAUAAAUAUCGAGAUGGAAAAUACAUGGGCAUUCAUACUAGCCCUCAUCAUGACAUAUAUCCACAUGAUUACAAUAAAGGUGAUAAAUAUUCGGAUGGAAAAUAUAAAGAAACCUACCCUAGUGGACAUCUGCAUGACAAAUAUCCAAACGGCAAAAAAGAUGAUUAUUAUCAUAAAGAUAAGUAUCCAAAGGAAAAAUACAUGGGCAUUCACAGUAACUACCACCAUGACGUAUAUCCAGAUAACAAAUAUCCUGACGGACACUAUACGGGAUACCGUCAUGAUAAAUACCCAGGUGGUAAAUAUCCAGACAGACACUAUAAAGGAUCUCAUCAUGACAAAUAUCCAUCCGACUAUCUCCACGAUAAGAAGCACAUCAGACCUCACUCCCACCACAGUAGACUAGGAGGCACCGACUCAUUGGUCGAGUUUGGACUUCCUGUUUCUGACGUAGGAAGAGGAAUUCGACGUGGUGGUCUCACCGGCCUAUUCGAUGACGUUGUCGGUGUUCCGGGUCGCCGUUCACGAGCUGGAGGUCUCUUUUCAGGUUCUAUUCCUGACCACUCAGUCGGAAUUGCACGCGGUCUACUUGACGUAGGACCAUUCAGUUCAUCAAGAAGACAUGGCCACAUUCAUCUACCUCAUAAAGGAAAUGAUUAUGAUAAUAAGUACCCUCAUGGUCCUCAACACAAAAAUCACAAGUAUGAAACUUACCCCAAGAAGGAUUACAAAUACAGCACCGGUCAAACGUAUGAAACCUACCAUAAAAAGGAUUACAAACACAAGGUCGGCCAUAAGUAUGAAACCUAUCCAAAGAAGGAUUACAAACACAGCAUCAGUCAUAAGUAUGAAACCUACCCAAAGAAGGACAUAUACCCCAAAACGCAUAUUGGUAGCGGAUAUCCUCCUCACGGCACCAUGCGUUAUCCUAAAAGACCAUACGACGCACAUUCACACCUUUAUGGAGAUAUGAAAUAUAAGAAGAAGGAUAACAAAAUUUACGGGGACAAUUACAAGAAAGUGAAGAGCAAGAAGACGUAUUGAUGGAACAUGGUGAGGGGAAAAUAGCGACAAGACGGGCGAAAUCAGUCUCCAACCCGUGUAUUUGCAAAUCCUUUAACGAUCUGUAUCUGUAUUGUUAUUAAAAUAUUGUUGAAAU